UGGACGAGCAUCCAGAUUUUCCGUGAUGCUCAAGAAACGCUGACGGGACUCAAACUCUCCCAUUCGAACACAUGCAUGCUAUCUUAAUUUCGCUAGGAGCCUGUCUAUCCAAAUCUAAAUUCCGUUUCUUUGUCAUUUUGGUGGUUUUAGAGCCUUGUACAAAUAAGUAAUCUGUCCCAUCUUGUUUAAACCUCUUCUAGUUCCUCCCAUCACUCCUUUCAAGAUGGGAAAUGAACUGAAGCACUCUCCAUUUGUCGCCCAACUUCUAGGCUCCAAGUUACCGUUCACCUAUCUUCUUCGUUUUCUUUUCUUUGUAAUAGGACUGUCAUUAGGUGUCACAAUCAGUGUGUACUUCAAAAGCUUCUCAUUCAGCCUAAAAGAACUUUUCCCUUCGUCACCACCAGGGCUGCCAGAACUGCCUCCGCCACAGCCAUGGAUUCAGCCGAGCCUGAACGGAUCUGGGUCAUAUACCCAGCAGCCUCUCAUGCACAAUAUGGAUGAUGAAGAGUUGUUCUGGCGAGCUUUAAUGGUUCCAAAAAGGAAGAAAUUCCAGGGUGAGCAUGUUCCUAAGAUUGCUUUCAUGUUCUUGACGAAGGGACCCCUUCAUCUUGCCCCCUUGUGGGAGAUGUUCUUCAAAGGGCACCAAGGGCUGUACACCAUAUAUGUUCAUACUCAUCCUCUGUUCAAUUGGACAGUGCCUGUGGAUUCUGUCUUCUACAGAACAAGAAUUCCAAGCAAGACAGUAACAUGGGGACAACCUUCGAUGUUAGAUGCAGAGAGACGCCUCUUAGCGAACGCCCUGCUUGACUUCUACAACGAGAGAUUUGUGUUACUCUCAGAGACCUGCAUUCCUCUGUUCAACUUCACCACAAUAUACAACUUCUUAGUUAAUGCGAAUCAUGGUUUUGUAGCCUCAUAUGAUGACCCAAGAAAAACUGGAAGAGGCAGAUACAACCCCAAGAUGGCACCCACAAUAAAAAUUUCUGAUUGGCGUAAAGGGUCUCAAUGGUUCGAGAUGAAUAGAAAAAUGGCCAUUGAGAUUGUAUCAGACACCAAGUACUAUCUCAUUUUCAAUGAGCUGUGCAGUCCUCCAUGUUACUCGGAUGAGCACUAUAUCCCCACUUUGAUCAAUAAGUGUUGCGCACAUGAGAACUCGAACAGAUCCAUCACUUGGGUCGAUUGGUCCAAGAGUGGGCCACACCCUGGGAGAUUUGGAAGAGCUGGGGUCUCACUUGAGUUCUUGAACCAAACAAGAUUUAACUGCACUGCUUCCGAUAGACUCAAAUCCAAUGACGCUUCUUCUACGUGCUUUCUUUUUGGUAGGAAGUUUAUGUCAGAUGCUCUUCGUCCUUUGCUACAGAUUGCACCUAUGCUGCUAGGCCUUAAUGCUUCUCAUUUCUGAACACAGUAGUCUUCUGAGCAAUCCAUGUUAUUAAUUAACUGAGCUCGCAGGUUAUAACCCUGCGCCUGUGCUCUGCGAUUGUUUAAUGUUUAUUUGUAUAUUUGAGAGAAUAAGAUGUAUUGUACACUGGCAUUUAAAUUUAAUACAGAUUGAACAAGA